AUGAUAACAGACGCCCAACUAUACAGCCUGGCCAUCUUCCUCGGCAGCGCGGCGAUGCUGCUGAUCGUGCUCUACCACUUCCUCGAGGUCAACGCGCAGGGCGACGACAAGUUGAACGGCGAACUGAGGGAUGAGAAGGUCGGCGUUGGGGCCGUCAAACCCCCGGGCGGCGUCGGCGAGGAGAACACUCGAUGA